AUGACGGCAGAAGUGAAGGUAUUAAAGCCGAAGAUUGUCUUCGACAACCGCCCUGAUGAGGCUCGCAAGCCCAUCAAGCUCAUCCUGCUCGGCGAUAGUGCGGUGGGCAAGUCAAAGCUGGUCGAGCGCUUCUUGAUGCAGCGGUACAUCCCUGUGCAGAUGUCCACCUACGCGCUCACCCUGUACCGCUACGACUUCGUGACAGAAGAUGGUGAGGAGGUGGACGUGGACAUUUGGGACACCGCCGGGCAGGAGCGCUUUGCCACGGUUCACCCGAGUUACUAUCACGACGCACACGCUUGUAUCCUUGUCUUUGACAGCACACGCAAGGCGACCUACAAAAACUUAGAAAAGUGGCUCUCCGAGAUGCGCGUCUACCGUGAGCACAUUCCGUGCCUUGUAGCGUGCAACAAGAUCGACACCGAUCCGUCUGUCACAACAAAGAGUUUUGCUUUCGCUGAAAAACACAACUUUCCGCUGUACUACGUCUCCGCCGCUGAUGGUACCAACGUGGUGCAGCUCUUCGAAAGCGCUAUUUCCACGGCGGCCGCAUACAAGAAGAAUCCUGCGAAGGACGACUUCAUGACACAGGUGAUCGGCAUUCUGAAGGAGGACAAGACAGCCGCCGGUGCCGCAGCAGUGUCAUCGUAG